AGUGCGCGUAACAGGGCGAUCAUCCGUUCGAAAACGUUGCAGCACUCUCCAGUACUCCACCAUUAAUUUCCUGCGAAAAUGCUCGGCCGACACUGCACUGAGAAUCGCCCGCCACUCAGCUCCGACACCAGAUCGGGAGAUCAGCUGCAACAAAUUGGAGCUCUCAAUGCAUACGUCUCCGGGGAACGCAAUUCCAGCCUCGCUGUCCUUCUAAUUUCGGACAUAUACGGGUUUGAAGCUCCGAAGUUGAGGAAGCUGGCAGACAAAGUUGCAUCCUCGGGGUUCUUAGUAGUUGUUCCUGAUUUCUUCAAUGGCGAUCCAUUCAAAGAAGAAAACAAUAUGCAAGAAUGGAUUUCUAAUCAUAAACCGGGAAACAGCAUUGAGGAUGCUAAGAAUGUGAUUGCUGAAUUGAGGAGUGGUGGUGUAUUGAAAUUAGGAGCUGCUGGUUUUUGCUGGGGAGGAAUACUGGUGGUGAGCCUGGCGAAGUUUGAUUGCAUACAAGCUGCAGUUUUGUUGCAUCCGGGCCCAAUUUCCGUGGAAAAAAUAAACGAAGUGACGACACCAAUGGCCAUACUUGGAGCAGAAUUCGACGAGUAUUCCCCACCCGAGCUUUUGAUACAAUUAGGAGAGGUUCUAUCAGCAAACCAGAUUGACAACUACGUGAAAAUAUAUCCCGGCGUUAAACACGGAUGGACUACUAGGUAUGACGACAACGACAAAUUUGCUGUCCAAAGUGCCGAGGAGGCUCACUCGGAUAAGUUGAAGUGGUUCAUCAAGUAUCUCAAAUGAUAUAUGAGAACAUUAUUAUUGCAUGAGCUUAGUAGAAAGAAAUUAAGGUUUAAUAAGGUGUUGUGGAUUCAUGUUUAUUUAUGACGUGAGAACUCGUAGCCACUACCAGAAAGUGCGUAUUAGGUAAAACUCCGGCCGAAUCUAAUACUCUGCAAACUAGGUUGGACGGCCGGAUUCAUGUUCCUUUUAUUUGUGUUUAAACUUGGUUCUCCAUAUGCAUGUAUUCCAAGUUAUCUAAGAAAUAUUAUAUUAUUAUUAUUAUUAAAUUAUAAAGUGUAAUUGAGUUUCUCA